UGUGCCGCCCGCGAUCGUUCAGUAUCAUUCGCGCGACCGAUAAGUGACUCGGGCGACUCGCUCACGCGUGAUUCUGUAGAUAGGCGAAGAGACGAGGCAAAAGCCGGAAGGAACGAAGGAGAGGAGUGGACCACACAGAACGGUAAUCGGGGAAAGUGACUCCGUUGACGAUGGUAUCCUCAACGGUGACGGAAGCGACGACUGAAGCGAACCCGGUGAAGAAAUCAUCCGGCGCAAUGGGUAUCGCGCCAGGAAAUUACCGCCUGGUCGGCUGGGACAUGGAUACCACCGGCAAGAAGAUCAUUGACGAAAUCUGCCAAAUAGCCGCGUUUACUAAUUUCCCUCCGUCCACUUACUCGCAAUAUGUAAUGCCGUACAAGGAUCUCAGUCCGACCGCUAUAAAGCGCCACAGUAUGAAGGUUGUAACCAAUGGCAAAUUCCGCGUGCUUAGGAACAGCAAGACUAACGAGGUAAUCAAAUCCAAAAGCGAAGUAUCGGCACUUACGGACUUCCUGACCUGGUUGGAGACCGUGAAGGAAAAUGCCACGGACGGUGUAAUUCUGGUUUAUCACGAGCCGCGCAAAGUCAUUCCCGCGAUGCUCCUCGAGUCGUUGAAGAAGUACGAUCUGGUUGAUCGAUUCAAACAGACGGUCAAAGGAUUCGCGAACGGAUUCAACAUCGCUCAGGCGAAAUGCACGAACUCGGUGCACAUUUUUUCUCUUCGUACUCUAUCACGCACGUUGUUAAAGCAGGAAAUGAAUCUGGGCAAUGCGCAACAUAGAGCAUCGCUGGCGUUAAAAAUAGCACAAUUUUUGUCCACGGUCGAUAGCGGGAUCGAAGAUGAGUCCGGGGAAGGCGAUCAGAAACGUUUGAAAAGAGCGAUCGAGGUUAUUCAAGAAUUCGCACAGCCUGUUGACGUCGAGGAGCAGGAACAAAACGAACUGAAGAUGAUAUUUGAGAGACAGAACAAUUUGCGGCCCAUAUUCAGCGCCCGAUUCCGUAUGAACCGUCGUGAACGUCAACACGCCAGUCCCCUGCGGCGAUUGUUGGCUGAAGCCGGGAUCGUAUACUCGGAGCUACAGGACGCGUGGACCAACGCGAAGAAGGAAGGCCUGGAGCAUUUGAUAAAGGAGAAACUCCCAACGAUCGAAGAGAAAAAAAUGGAGGACCUGAUGGUCAUCCUCGAAAGUCACUUCGACCCGGAGAAGAAGCCGAAGGGCAAGACGCCGGAAAAGAAAGGUCCCAAGACGAAGAGCGAGAAAAAAAUAAGCGACGAUAAGGAGAAUAACAACAAGAAUGACUCGGGCCACGACAGUCCCGAUAGCCCGGACACCACGACGUCCGGGUCCCCGGUCAAAAUGAACGGCACCGACGUCGAAAUUAAGCCAGAGGCAUCCUCUUUGACGCAGGAGUGUGCCGAAAGCGUUUAACGUUGCUGACUCCUCCAGACCUCUCUUUUACGUGCCGCUAAGCGGGAGUACUUCGCGGUCGUGUUCCGCGUCUCUGUCACUCGUUGCCGGUCUCUCGGCCGAAUUCGGACAAACGUGAAUUCUUUUUUUGUUGCCAUUUUUUUUUUGCUGCCAACGGUCGUGGAGAGAUUACGAAAAAUAAAAUUGAUAAGUAGCGCGAACGACGAAUGUAGAUAUAGCGUGUCGAAUGCAGCUCGCGUUUAGCUGGACUUCACUACGGUAAAAGCGUGCUGUGUACUUGGUAGAAUUACCGCUAAAUCUAUGUUCCUCAGCCGGGAAAGAGCCGCGAAGGGAUCCCCCGUUUCUUUUUCUUUUUUUUCGGUAAUUCUAGGAUAAACGUAUUAGAGUAAGAUUUACGAUUCGUCCAACAGACGAUGUUGUGCGUGAUAAGAGACGAGUGUUAUUUGUUACAGUAUUGUAUUUUUCUUUUCUUUCUUUCAUUUGUUUAUUUUAUUUUAUUUUUUUUUAUUUUUGUUUGCACCGAAACGUCGGCAUGAUUUAAAAAAAGAGGACAGGCUUCCUACUAAUGACACGCCGUCGGAUUUAGCUUAAAUGUACAAAUAACACGUUAAGCGACGUUUAGUUUGUUACGCGCAGAGAUACAUAUUUAAUAUCGUUUACGUUUCAUAAUUUUAUACUCGUUUGUUUUCUCUCCUUUUUUCCCUCCCCUCUCGUUUCUUUCUCUUCUUUUAUUUAUCCCUCCCGAGGAUUCGUACGCUCGCUAUUGUGGCGAGAGCGUCCGUUUAAUAGACUGCUCCAAGUGUGAAAAGGCAUAGGAAAUAUCGCGAAUCCGCGUAGUUAUCGCACACUUUACGAUGUGUACAGCACUUGUACACGAUAUUUUCUACUUUUUACCGUUUAAGCUGCGCGCGAGUCGCACGUGUGGUAGUAUUAGAGAGAUAUAUUUUUGUAUCAAUAAGAUAAUUUUGUUUCUACUGUGAGAUCUCAUUGUAUGAACAUUUGAUUGAUUAAAUAAAGAUUCGAGUUUAGUUGUA